ACGUUUCCUUUGCCUUUUCCAACCUCUCCUUCCCAGAAAUCUCUCCAUCUCUCUUAUCUGUGUCCCUGUCGACGAUCGUGGCGGGAAGGUACUUGAUACCGAUUAUCUUGAUUUUACACUUAUACCCCCCCCCUGGUUCUCAUUUGACGCGUCUAAACUCGAACUUAUCCACCUCCUCGAUGGCAAACGUCUUCCAACCCAACCAACUGGAAAUUCAUCACAGAUCCGAAACAGAGAGAAAGAGAGAGAGAACAGACACAAAAGCAUUUCUCUUCUAUUAUUAAUUAUAUUAUAAUUUGAAUCUGAUUCGUGGCAGUCGCAGUAAAAAGAGAGAACAACUAUUUAUCGAGUUUUGCGGAUGAAUGAAUUCGCCUUUAUAAAUACCGCACCGAACCCCCUCUCUCUCUCUCUCUCUCCUCUCAAUAUAUAUAUAUAUAGAAGGUCUCUACCCGUCCGGUUGUUUUGCUGCGCCUGUCUGCUCCUUCUUGUCCGUUGGAUUUCUCUGCCGCCGUCCAUUUUUCCACCCUGGACUCCCUCUCUCUUAUGAAGUUCCUUUGCGAUCUCUCCCUCUCCCACUCCAUCUUUGUCAUUCUCGUUUCUCCUCCUUCCUUCUCAUGGAUUCGAGUGAACUCUUCUGAAUUGGUUGGGAAAUUCGGCGUACAGAGUCUUGUUGAUGGGGAAUGGUGAUGAUGGGCAAUGCUUUUUCCCCCUCACAAGUUUGCAAAUUGGUGACUUGCAGUCUUAUCUGUCAGAUCUUAGCCUUUUCCUGGCUAGUGAAAGCAAGAAGUUGUAUAUCUUGGUGGACAAUCGACCAUGGUUGAGAGACCUAGGCUCAAGACGAGCCCAGUUAUGGCAAUUGAUGGUUACCAAGUCAAGGUUAUCUCCUUUUGCAAACACGAAAGCACGGAGGGAGAGAAAGGUAGAAAAGGAGUCUUGUUGCGGAUCGAACACUAGAAAAUCAGACAAGCUCCAGAAAUGGUUCUCAUUGGUUGAUGCGGCAACGUUGUCCCAUAAGAGGGUUCUGCUACCUGUAAAAAAACUUCGUGAUUCUUCUCUUUUUAGCACUGAGUUGCAUAGUACCUUGUAUGGCUUUAUUGUAUUUGAAGUUUCAUGGAGCAAUGUUCGAGGCAUCAACUACUUGAAUGAGCUUCAGACUGAUACAUGUCUGGCUAUAGAGGCCAAAGUUAUGCAAAGAUGGGAAUUUGAUACUAUAGCUCAAGCUGCAAGCUCUAUAUCUUCAUGGUUCUUGGGGACGCCCUCUGAAAAGAAACUCUUGAAAGAGUAUCUUGAUUCUGCCAUAGGAGAAGUAUUUUAUGACGCUGAAGAAAAUUUCUCAAGAGGUAUCCCUAUUGAUGAUGAUGAAAUUGCCUGCACCGAUGAUCCAUAUGUUGAGGAUAAUUGUUUCCACCACCUUGGUGGCAAUUUUAGUUUAUAUUCUGCUACUGAUGAAAAUACAAGUGCGUUUCACACGCCUCCUCCACCCACUGGGCCUUAUAAGAGAAGAAAAGUAAUGAAGUCCAUUAGUACUGGAGUUGAAGAUAAUACAUACUCUGAGAAAAUACAAGGAGAAAUUGACAACUCAUUAGAAAACUCAGAAACUUGUUCCAGUGAUUACGAAGAUCCAGUUGAAGCUACCCAUUACAGUGAUGUCUUGAUUUUGUUUCGGUUCAAUGACCACGAUCUCCCGUUUAAAUUAGGGCAAAUAAUAAUGUCUGAUUUGCGGUUACUUACCUUGUUAGAGGCUGGGCUUCCAUCCUGGGUUAUUUUCCUUCAGUCAUACCCAGGUUUUUGCCAUCUUUAUCGCCCAUGGAUGUGCCCUUUGGCAAGAGUCUUGUAUGUUCUGAUCUCAGUUGUCACUGUUCUCAUAGGAUUUUAUGAUUUAUACAAAAAUGUCCCAGUACUUAAGGCAACUGCUUUUCGUUUGUGUGGGCCUCUGUUGGAUUGGAUAGAGACUUGGGAGAUGGUGUCAAGGAUCAAGUACUUGGGAACAAUGCUAUUCCUACAUAAUUUUCAGAAGGCUGUUCAGUGGUUUCUUACAAUUACACGUGCCGCCCGAUCCUUCCUUUCAGUUUUUACCCAGCCACUGCUACAGCCACUUUUGGAAGUUUUUGGGUUUUUUAUUCCAGUCUGGAAUGAACUUAUCAAAGUGGUGGAGAGCUUCUCUUCUGUCCUUUGGAUAGUGAUUGGGUCCUUUUUGGGUAUAGUGGAGUAUCUCUUUGAGAUCUUACUAUUGCCAAUAUGGUUUAGCCUCUCAGUUAUCUGGAGCAUUGCAACAUCCAUUUUAUAUCCUAUAUUUUGGAUCCUUUGGGAACUGGUCUAUGCUCCAGUUCGCAUGGUCCUUGCGUUAGCCAGUUUCGUGGUUUUUGUUUCUAUUAGCAUAUAUGAGAUGCUUGGAGAAAUAUGGCAGUUUAUUAGUAGCAUCUUUCAGCUUGCUUCAGCUUCCGAGGCAACAGUGAGAACAUAUGAAGUUUCCAUUUGGCGUUCGCUUUGGAAUGAUCUCUUUUCCCAGGUCUUCCGAGCUCUAAGGAGUAUAUUAAAUGGUUUUGUUGCCUUCUUCACAGCCUGCAACAGGCAUCGUCUUAGCAUCUAUAAUCAUAUACAAGAGUUUAUCCAGAGAUUAUUUGGUCAAAGCCAUAGAUCACGACGUACAGAUUCAAGACAUAGUAGACCUGCAUCUAGGACUCAAAAGGCGUUAGAAGAAAGAAGGAAAGUUCACAUUAAGUGAGGCCUCAUCAUAUUUUUCUAUUACACGGAAAAGUGGGUACCUCCGACAAGGGUGUCGAUCUGUAUUCGAAAAAAAAGAGAGCCACUGAUAAAACUAAUUACAUUAAGCUAACUUAGAAGAAAAUGGGGGAGGAACAAGCCAUCCAUUACGCUUGCUGACCGAGCUGACAUGUUACUGAAGUAUAUGGUAGGAAGAGUUGAUUCUUUUGUUCUUUGCAGUCUUGCUUUAACAUUUUGGACUUUCCGAUUCAAAUAUAUUCUAGUUUUAGGUUUAUACCCUUUGUAUCUAUAUAGUCAGAUUGGAGAAUGUAAAUAGUAUGUAUAGGUGGGCUUUGUAUAUUUCUAUCGAUUGUUGAUGCAACUUUUCUCGCU